AAGAUAGAGGAGCGAACGAGAGAGAGCAAGGAUGAGGAGGCGCAACAGAGGGGAGCAUCGCCAACACUUCAACACAUCACAGUUUGAAGACAGCAAGAGCAGAAAAAAGCAAGACAGCAGAUCAAAGUCAGAGAGCGUUCGCCGACGGUUCACACGGACACCGUUUGAUUCAUGCUUCCCAGGAGGGAAUCGGGUUUAAGAAGCACUGACAUGCAAAAGUGUGUGCACUUGUGGAUCUCAGACGAGGAGGACGAUGCUCUGGUGAAGCGCUAAAUGAUGCACGCUGAUGAGAGAUGAGAACUCAGAGGGAUCACAGAGCUGGAGAAAAGUGCUUGCAAAGUGUAGUGCAACUGGCACAUUUCUCAGGGAGACUAGCGUUGAGUCUGUGGAUUUCCCAAGUUGAAAACACCACAGGCGCAGAGCGGUUGUAUCCAAUGCAACGCUGAUGACGCAGCCUAAAGGUGACCUUCUUUGAGAGGACAGGAAAUUGCAUCAGAGACUCACACCUCGUGCUGACCCAAACAAUUCAUUGACCUUGGAUUCUUCAGCAGAUGGCACAUGCAAAUCAGCAAAUGCAAAUCAAUAUGGAUUUAUCACCUACUAGGGGCUGUAAAACUGCACUGAAGACAUCGGCACUGAAGGAAUUGUCUUUGCGCUGAUGGUUUCGAGGGAAAUGAAAGCAACUUCGUGAACAUGAUGUGGAUGUAAUAAUCAAUUAAUUAGCUGUCAGUCUAGAUUAGAACAAGAAAUGGAUUGUUUGAAGCAUUCGCUAUUUUCAUUCACCAAGAUCGUCCACUUUCUGUUGGACAUGGCUGGGGAGCGAAUGUAUCGCUUGCUUUAGUAACAAUCAAAGAAAUCCCCAAGCGUUGGAUUACGAGGAUUAAGAAGUGCUGAAAACUUCCUUGAAAGGCCAUGCCUGCAGCUGAUGUACAAGCUGUACCCCUUCCAGACUUUUCCGUCUUGAUCGCUGACUCCCGAAGCUGAGAAAAGAAGCUGGAAGGGGAAGGGAUAAUGCACGUCCCUCCUGCUGCGGAGGAAGAAAGCACCAUGAGUAACGUCACCGUCCUCGACAACACAGAGUCCGUAAGUCCCGUCAUGACGGCAGCCGGCGGCCCGUAUCCGUACCCGCUUAGCUUCCAAGUGUCUCUUACUGGAUUCCUGAUGCUGGAGAUCGUCCUGGGACUGAGCAGCAACCUGACCGUGCUAGCGCUCUACUGCAUGAAGUCCAACUUGGUCAAUUCGGUCAGCAACAUAGUCACGAUGAACCUCCAUGUGCUGGACGUGCUGGUGUGCGUUUGCUGUAUCCCUUUAACCAUCGUAGUGUUGAUGCUUUCCUUACAAGGUGACACAGUGCUUGUUUGCUGCUUCCACGAGGCCUGCGUGUCAUUUGCUAGCGUGGCUACAGCAGCUAACGUGCUAGCUAUUACUUUAGACCGAUACGACAUAUCCGUUAAACCGGCCAAUCGCGUACUGACUAUGGGGCGAGCGGUGGCUUUGCUGGGAUGCAUUUGGGUGCUGUCUUUUGUUAGCUUCUUGGUGCCGUUUAUCGAAGUGGGAUUUUUGGGACCGGAACCCACGUUAGCCAAUCAAACCGCUGUCGUGCAUGUUAACGAAUAUUACACCGAACUCGGUUUAUACUACCACCUAGUGGCUCAAAUCCCAAUUUUUUGUUUGACUGCUGUGAUUAUGUUAGUGACGUACGCUAAGAUACUCCAGGCGCUCAAUAUUCGAAUUGGAACGCGCUUCCAUGCGACGCAGAAGAAGAAGAAAAAGUUGCGAAGAAAGAAGAAUUUUUCGCUAAUGUCAACGUCCGAGCAGCAAUUGCCAGAAAUCACGGACGCCUCGCAGAGCAGUGGAGGAAAUCGUGGAAAUGCGCCGUUAGGUAUGCGCACAUCUGUUUCGGUGAUUAUCGCACUUCGUAGAGCGGUUAAACGCCACCGGGAGCGCCGUGAACGGCAAAAGAGAGUUUUUCGUAUGUCGUUGCUCAUCAUCUCCACGUUUCUUCUGUGCUGGACGCCUAUUACUGUUUUAAACACUGUGAUCCUCAGCGCAGGCCCCAGCGAUCUCACGGUUAGGCUGCGAUUGGGAUUUCUGGUCAUGGCCUACGGCACUACAGUCUUCCAUCCGCUGCUGUACGCAUUCACCAGGCAGAAAUUCCAGAAAGUGCUGAAAAGUAAAAUGAAGAAGCGGGUGGUGUCCAUCAGCGAGGCGGAUCCACUGCCGAACAACGCAGUGAUCCGAAACUCUUGGAUCGAUCCCAAACGGAAUAAGAAAGUGACGUUUGAUGAUCACGAAGCGAGACAGAAAUGUCUGUCGUCUGAAGAUGCAGACUAAAGACGGCUCGAGGCUUCCAAAAACAGGAACUAGUUCUCAUUAAAGCACUGUUAUUUAUCCUAUCGAAGCUUGUUUCUGAUAUGGAAUUUUAAAAUAAGUUGUUUUUUGUUACAAUUACGUGUUUAUAAUCAACAAUUAAGCCUUUUUUUUUACUACUGUGAGAUUAAGCUCCUAAUUUUGAGUUGAGUUUACACUUCACUAUUUACACCUAA